AGCAGCGGCGGCGGCGGCGGCGGCAGCAGAGGAGGAGGAAGAGCCGGAGCCGCAGCGGCCGGAGGCGGGAAGGAGGAGCGCGCUGGUCUGCCUUCGCCAGCGCCGCCGGAGCCUCGCCCAGUCCGAUGUGCCUCCUCCUGCGGCGGUGGCGCUGCUGCUGCUGAGCCAGCCGACGUGCCGGCCGAGCCUUGCCGUCUCCCGCAGUCCGAACAUGGCCACCCCGGCAACAUGCACCCGCUUCACCGACGAAUACCAGCUCUACGAGGAGCUCGGCAAGGGUGCUUUCUCAGUGGUACGGAGAUGCGUGAAAAAAACCUCAUCUCAAGAAUUUGCUGCAAAGAUCAUCAAUACCAAGAAGCUGUCAGCAAGAGAUCAUCAGAAACUAGAGCGGGAAGCUCGAAUCUGCCGGUUAUUAAAACACCCAAAUAUUGUGCGGCUCCAUGAGAGUAUUUCAGAAGAAGGUUUCCAUUACCUUGUAUUUGAUCUGGUGACUGGGGGGGAGCUAUUUGAAGAUAUUGUUGCCAGGGAAUACUACAGUGAAGCCGAUGCUAGCCACUGCAUUCAUCAGAUUUUGGAGAGUGUCAAUCAUAUUCAUCAACAUGAUAUUGUACAUAGGGAUUUAAAGCCUGAGAACUUGCUCCUUGCCAGUAAGUGCAAAGGGGCUGCUGUCAAACUGGCUGACUUCGGACUUGCAAUUGAAGUACAAGGAGAACAGCAGGCGUGGUUUGGGUUCGCAGGCACUCCAGGUUACCUGUCUCCUGAGGUCUUAAGAAAAGAUCCUUAUGGAAAGCCAGUGGAUAUAUGGGCAUGUGGAGUUAUUCUGUAUAUAUUACUUGUUGGAUAUCCUCCAUUUUGGGAUGAAGAUCAGCAUAAACUGUAUCAGCAGAUCAAGGCGGGGGCCUAUGAUUUUCCUUCUCCAGAGUGGGAUACUGUGACCCCAGAAGCAAAGAAUUUAAUCAACCAGAUGCUGACGAUAAACCCUGCAAAGCGCAUCACAGCAGAUCAGGCACUCAAGCACCCAUGGGUCUGUCAACGAUCAACGGUAGCUUCUAUGAUGCACAGACAGGAGACUGUGGAAUGCUUGAGAAAGUUCAAUGCCAGAAGAAAGCUGAAGGGUGCAAUCCUUACCACUAUGCUGGUGUCUCGGAAUUUUUCAGUUGGCAGGCAGAGCUCCGCCCCUGCUUCGGCCACCAUGAGUGCUGCCGGCCUGGCUGAGCAAGCUGCCAAGAGCUUACUGAACAAAAAGUCAGAUGGAGUAAAGGAACCACAAACUACUGUUGUCCACAAUGCUAAUGAUGGCAUAAAGGGUUCUACAGAGAGCUGCAAUACCACCACUGAAGAUGAAGAUUUGAAAGCUACUGCUACACUGUCUUAUGAAGAGAAGCUUCUUGCCUGGGAUAGCCCAGGGCAGACAGUGGAGUUGGAUCGUGCUCAGUCGGAGCCUGUCCUAACUCCAGUAGUUCCAUUUGCAUUUAACAGUCUAUCAUUACGUAAGCAAGAAAUCAUCAAGAUAACAGAGCAGCUGAUCGAAGCAAUCAACAAUGGAGACUUUGAAGCUUACACGAAGAUCUGUGAUCCUGGGCUGACCUCAUUUGAACCUGAAGCACUGGGAAACCUCGUGGAGGGGAUGGACUUCCACAAGUUUUACUUUGACAACUUACUGUCCAAGAACAGCAAACCAAUCCACACUACCAUCCUGAAUCCCCAUGUUCAUGUUAUUGGUGAUGAUGCAGCUUGUAUUGCCUAUAUCCGUUUGACUCAAUAUAUUGAUGGCCAGGGCCGGCCUCGCACCAUGCAGUCCGAAGAGACCCGUGUCUGGCAUCGCCGUGAUGGCAAGUGGCUGAAUGUACACUACCAUUGUUCCGGGGCUCCUGCAGCUCCGCUCCAAUGAAGCUACAAAUGGCAAUUUUCGGAGAUACUCAGAGGGAGGGCAAUAUCUUCUCAGCAAGCAGCUCUGGAGUACCUGAAUUACAGCAACGGUCAUAUUCGUUUUGACGUUUAAAGAAAUAUGAAUUACAAACCGGCAGCAGCCAAAUGCACGAAACCCUGCAUGAAUCUGAUGCUCCGGGUGCUGCCGCCUUUCUGUUGUUUUUCCAUGGAUCCAUCGUGUCUGUUUCUGCUGUAUGAAGGUGUCUUAUAAAUCCUGAGAGAAACCCAUAUUGUUCGUAUAGAAAAGAGAUCAUCUGUGAUGGAGUCUCCAGCACCUCCCCUGCAGGGCUGAUGACGGAGCAACAGCUGUGAAGCAUCUUUCAGCAUUGGAGCAAAGAAAGGGAGAGAGAGAAAGAGUUUGAGAGCGAGAGACUGUGCCUCUUAGGCAGCAGGAUGCUGUCCUCUGCUGUAGGCCCAGUGGAAAUUGACCUUGUCUUCGGGUUAUGCUGCUGCUUUAAUCAGUGAGGUAUGGCUGAUGGUGGCGAGCUCACAAGGGCCAGCCUAAAGAAAAGGGGUAAAGCAAAAAGGAGGACUUUUCUUACACUGCUGCCAUCCAGCAACCAACUGGAGCCCAAACCUCAGCAGUAAAGAUGAGCCUGGCUACUGGCUCCCACUGAUGGAUUGGAUAAAAAUGAACAAGAAUGUUUUAAAGAACAAGUACGAGCUGGUUUUGUUAGCAUAGGAGCUUCAGAGAUGCACUGAUUUUUACAAACAGCCACUCCUCGAUGAUGUAAAACUUAUAAGGGUAGAAUUUAAAAGCAAAUAAUCUUAAGAGGGCAAAAAAAAAUAUGUGAAUGGCUUACUUUGUUUUAUUUUUUAUUGUUUAGAAUAGAUGGGAUCCAGAGUGCUGCAGAAUAUGUGCUCCUUAGGAAACAGUUGAAAAGCUUUGUUACACUCCGCCCUGAAGAUUUGCACACACAUGCAUUUGCUUCCUAUAUGGUGUGUAAUUUAGUCUCUGUGUUAUACUAAAAUACUAUAUUAUCUAUGAAUUUAAAAGAAUCUCUCUAUAAUUAUGGGGCUAACUGGUUCCCAGUUUGAUUUGUUUUCUGAUAAAACUAGCAGAGGGAGCCAGCAACUUCCAGAAGUGCUUUUUUCAGUAGCCCAGUCUAUUUGACAUUGCUUUAUUUCCUGUUCUGUAGUUUUUGGGGGGUUGUUUUAACCACAUAAACAUAGAACUUUUGCAUCAAACAUAUUUAUUGUCUUUGCUACAAAGAAAGCAAGUAAUGUUCUUUAUUUCCUACAUCAGAAGUGUUUGACAGCUUUAUGGUUUGAUUAUUAUUAUUUUUAGUUUCUGAGUACAGAAGUGGGAUAAAAGCCUUCCCAAUAAAUUUCCAAGAUCAGAUUUACACGAUGACUUUCUCUGCCCCUUGUGUACAAUGCACAUCAAACAUUUUUAUGACCAUUCAUUAGAUCCGAGAACAUGGAAUUCCAUCAAGUUGUUCCCUUUGUUCCUGAAAUAGGGUGGAGAAUAAUUUUGCUGUCUAAUUAAAUAGAAAAUAGAGGGUGAAUUUAAUGGAGCUUAGGAAAAUACAAAAUUUUAAUUUCAAUAUGAAUUGGAAGGGAAAUAAAUACCUUCUUCUGUUCUUCAAAUGAGAAACUCCUAACUCAGCUCCAUAAUAUUUGUGAUAGCUUAUGACUCAGUGCAGGAAAAAAGCAUUCCUUCUUGCAGAGGAAUUUUGUGCAAAAUUUCCUUCUCCUUUAUAACGAGAGAGAAUAUUUUCUCAAGCGAGAAAUGUUCUACUGGGACUAAAGAACCUGUGACACUUCAGUUGCUGGCUACACCUCCCAGUAUCCCUCACCAUUGGCUUGUGAGCUGGAGUUAUAGAUGGAGUUAAUUCAACAUCAUCUGGAAGGUGACAAAAACUUUGCUUUUUCCUAUAAAUUUAAUGUAGAACACAUCUAGGGCUAAGUGUGUGAAGUAAAACCCCUGAUAAUUUAGGAUUUUAAGGAAUAACAUUACAAAGUGAGGAACAGGAAAUUAGUUAUACUGCGUAAUAAAAAGAUGUGCAUGCUUCUAGGUCUGAUCUUUUCUUGUCUUUAUCUGAUUAUUCAUAAUCCUCUGUACUGAGUAUCUGCAUCCUUAAAACAUAUUUUUGGAACCGUUUGAGUUGUUUUGUCUUUGCUUUUACCGUCUGUAAGACCUGUUCCAAUUUAAUGAAAAUCUUAGCUUGGUAUGGCCAUUUUCAAACACAGCUAUAGACCUUUGGCUUUCUUAAUGUUCUCCUAUGAGGUUAAUGUAAGCAUCUAUAUCAUGUCCAGUUUUACACAGGAAAUGGAACACGUUUGAUGCAAUCUUUUUGCAUGAUAGUGAAAUAAUAAAAUAAAGUUAGGGUUUUUUUUCCUGAAUGUUAAUAGAACCUUCAUAGCUUUGUCACAAUGAAACCUUGAACUGAACAUAUUUAAUAAAAUAACAUUUAAAUGGUGCAA